AUGCUGAACUACCUGCGCUCCGUGGAGAGGACUCUGACCUUUGACCUGGCAGGUCUGCAGCUGGAGGAGGGGGAGCUGUGCAGCACAGCGGAGGAAACAGGCUGGAUGAACGCAGCCCGGGGAGGAGGAGGGGAGGCGGGAGGUCUCGGCUCGCUCCAGUUCAACCACAACACUCCUGUCGACUACAAGGUUAGUUGCUCGGAGUUCAUGGAUUUUGCUGAGGUGGAGAAUCUCCAUGAUUUCUACAGCUGUGAGGAGGGUGUGGUCCACACUCAGGACCAGAGAGGGUUCUACAUCGUGUACGACGCGGCCCUGAAGGACCUGGACGAGCUGGAGGAGGAGCUUCUCCUCGUCGGCUCUCACUUUGUCCAGAGAUACAGGACGGAGAAAAUGGGAAAAGCUGAGGAAGCCUCAACCUCCAACCGGACGGCUGACGUCCACUCCUCAGCCGGGACAGAUGUGGACGGAGUCGCAGUGCUGCUCGACUUGUGGACGUGUGAGACGGAGUUUUUAGAGAGCAAAGUGCAGCUCCUAAACUGUUACUGCGAGGCCUACCAGCACGCAGCGGGGGCCGAGGAGAGGUUUGCUCUGGCCCGAGUCGUCACCGACAUCAUGCACAGUCGACCCCAGCUGGACCUGAACCAGGACCACUUUGCUCAGGUCUACAGGGCCGAGACAGACUGUCUGAGGAGUCACCAGCAGCUCAUCAAAAAUGUCCUGGAUAAUCAGAUUGAAAACCAGAGACAGUACCUCCAACGCAUCUGGAGAGACGAUCAUAAAGGCUCCACUCAGGACUUCGGUCUUCCACUGAACUACGUUCCCAAACACAUGGUCUCCCUCGGGGGCAGCAGCCCUGCACUAAUGAACGUGUUCCUCCUGGAGGUUCACCCGUCCCUCUGCCUGGCCUCCGCAGUCUAUCAGGGUUUAGUCCAGGCUCACACGGAGCUCUGUCAGCUGCACCGAGCCACCAGCGUCUCCCACAAACUCCUCCUGCAGCAGAAACUCCUGCAUCAGGCCCUGCAGAGUUGGAACAACCGGGUUUCACAUGGAGCCUCCUACAGUUCUCAGAUACAGAAGGAUUUGUUCUCGGGUGUGUUCUUCGAGGACCCAGCUUUGGUGCAGAACGUGGGGCUGUCAUUGGUGAAGUCUGCAGAGGAGAAGGACAGAAUGCAGGGAGAGAGAGAGAAGCAGUCGUAUGCAGUGGAAACUUUCUCCAAUCUGCUGGAGCUCGUCACUGUCCGACAUCGGCUGCUGGAGUCGGCCUCAGAGACGGCACAUCUGGCACAGUUGUACAGAAACGUGGCCUCAGAGCUCGGCUUCAGUGAGUUCCACCUGCAUCUGAGGCCGGUGCCGUUUGAGGUCGCUGAACAAAAAGACCAAACAGAGCAGAGGCCUAUUUUUAUCACGGCGGAGCUGGAGGAUGACUCACCUGUGGACAGGUUCAGCCCCCCCCACCUGCCUCUGAGCAUCCAGGAGCUGGACGGGGAACAGGUCGGGAGGUUCAGCUUCAGCUCGGAGGAGGCGGUCAGUCGUCUCAUGAACACUCAGAGCAUUGAGAACCUCCAGGUGACCUUGGCCUGUCAGGUGACCCAGAAGAACGCCCUGAUAAGCGCUGUGAAAGUGGCCUGUCUCUGCUAUUGGGCAGAAAGUGUGACAUCAUCAGCGGAGGUGUGUAUUUAA